AUGCACGCCAUUGCAUUUUUGGCCAAAUCAAUUUCUAGUUUCACAAAUGAGACCGACCACAAAGCUUUGCUCACCAUUAAAGAUCUAGUAACAGAGGACCCUUCACGACUUCUUAGCUCAUGGAACAAUUCUAAUCAUUUUUGCAACUGGCAUGGAGUCACCUGUGGGUGUCGGUACCAACGAAUGACUGCCCUAAACAUGUCAUCACUUAAGUUGGUUGGUUCCGUGUCUCCUCAGAUAGGUAACCUUACGUUCCUUGAAGAGAUCAAUAUUCAAGGAAACAACUUCCGUGGCACAUUCCCUCAAGAAAUUGGUGGAUUGUUUCGCCUGCAAAAUCUUCGUCUGGCAAAUAACUCUUUCCAGGGAGAAAUUCCUAUCAAUCUGACUCAUUGCUCACAUAUCCGAGUCAUUGAUUUGAAAGGAAACAACCUUGAAGGUAACAUUCCUCCUGAAUUGAGUAUUUUGUCUAAGCUCAAUCAAUUGAGUCUUUCCAGAAAUCAUUUCUCUGGAAACAUUCCACCUUCACUUGGAAACCUCUCUGCUCUUCAAAUUCUUGACCUUGCACACAACCACCUUCACGGAACCAUUCCUAUCGAGCUUGGACACCUCUCAAAUUUAUAUGCAUUCCAAUUGUCUUCGAAUAAUCUGUCUGGUAUGAUUGGUGGGAAUUUACCCAAUUCGAUCGGAAAUCUCUCCAACACCCUCACAUGCGUAUGGUUGGAUCAGAACUACAUAUCUGGAAACAUACCUCAAGAGAUUACAGAGCUUGUUGGCUUAUCUUACAUCACUAUAGAUACAAACAUGCUCACAGGUAGCAUUCCCGAUUCAAUUGGCAAACUUACCAAUUUACAAAAAUUCUACCUUUUCAUAAAUAACAUCUCCGGGGAAAUUCCAUACUCUACUGGCAACAUCACUGGAUUAGUUUCUCUUAUUUUAGAAGAAAAUAUGCUCGAGGGAAGCAUACCUGUUUCUUUGGGUAAUUGCAGUAACUUGGAAGGACUCCAUCUUGCACGAAAUCGCCUCACCGGUGGCAUACCUGGAGAAGUCAUUGGUCUUUCUUCCCUCUUUCUCGGUUUCAUCGUACGUGAGAACUAUUUAACAGGACCAUUGCCAUCAGAAGUGGGUAAGUCAGACAAGCUCACAGUAUUGCAUAUUUCAGAAAACAAAUUGUCUGGUGAAAUCCCAAGUACUCUUGGGAACUGUUUGAUGUUAGACUCCCUGCAUAUGGAAGGCAACUUUUUUGAGGGAACCAUUCCAUGA